AUCUCUUCUUGCUUAUUAUCAUUGACCAGUCACCACUCAAUUAGUAUAGUUGUCACAAUGUGUUUGAUCAGAGAGCCCGGUGUGAUAUAGUUCAUUUGUUUCUGUUUGUAGAAAUGAAGGAAUUGCACACCAGUCAGACGGUGAAAAUCCCUAAGGGAGUGUCUGCCAGUGUUAAGGCAAGGAAGGUAAUCAUCAAAGGACCUCGAGGAACUUUAACAAGAACCUUCCGUCACUUGGCUGUAGAUAUCACCAUGGUUGGCAAGAACACUGUCAUGGUAGAGAAAUGGUUUGGCAAACACAAGGAGCUGGCUGCUGUAAGGACUGUGUGCAGUCACAUAGAGAACAUGAUCAAGGGGGUUACCAAGGGCUUUCUGUACAAAAUGAGGUCAGUGUAUGCCCAUUUCCCCAUCAACUGUGCAGUACAAGAGGGUGGAGGUUCAGUGGAGAUUAGGAACUUUUUGGGAGAAAAAUUUGUCAGGAAGGUGGGCAUGUUGCCAGGGGUGUCCAUAAAGCCCUCUACACUGAAAGAUGAGUUCAUUUUGGAGGGCAAUGACAUAGAGGCUGUGUCUACAUCAGCUGCUUUGAUCCAGCAGUCCACAACAGUGAAAAACAAGGAUAUCCGAAAAUUCUUGGAUGGUAUUUAUGUGUCAGAGAAGACCACAGUUGUACCCUCUGAUUAAAAGAACUGCAUAGAAAAUAAAAUAAAAUAAAACCA